AUGGCAAGCCCCGUCGCCAUGCGCUUUGAGGAUGUGCGGCGCAUCCCCUACCUACCUUUGCCUCCAAACAAUGAUUUCCAGACGGCUUCCGAAUGGAACGGCCUCGUCUUGACAAGCCAGGCCAUCAAGGACCUUCCCCUCCCCUCCUACCUCGAGCCCGACUCGGAAGCGGCUGUGGCCGUGCGCUACACUUGCUUCGAUGAUUUUCAUCGCGUCUUCUUCGGACGCACCUGGCAAUCGUCCUGGAUCUCAGUGCCUUGGCACGAGCAGCAUGUUGAUAUCCGGCUUGAUGCCCGUGCCGCCUGCCUCACAAGACUUUUAGACCCAGACUGUCACGUGGUGGUUGAGCUCGUCUUGCGGUACCAGGCCCCGACCCGCCAAGCCAAUCAGCGCACAACCCGCUUCCUAGGGCUGGGUUGGACCAUCCUGCCAGCCUUUUCUCAGCUCUCCGAAGCGCCUAGCAUGACUGAUGUUCGCCCCGAUGCAGCGCCGACCCACAACCAACCUCUGCUGCCCGGUACCCCGCGCGCGCUUCUCGUCCUCAAGGAUGGCCCCCUCGCUAGCCACUGGGAUGAACUCACCCAGAGCGCGGGCAACGUGGGUCAGCGCGGCCACCUUCACCUACAUUUGGCCCAAUGGCCACCGCUCCUUCACUGCAAACCUUAUAUCCAAGACAACUGGUUUUUUGGGCCCUACGAUGCACCGGCUGGCGUCUUGACGAAUCCUACAUCUGGGCUCCCCUGGCCGACCACUUGCGAACCGGCUGAGCCCUGCAGUCGAGAAGCAGCUGAGAUAACCGUAACCCUGUUUCCCUCCACCUCAGAGUACAGCAACACGCUGAUGGCAGCCCUUGCACUGAUGGGCGUCCACAACGGAUCCAUUUUUGUGACACCACCCAGCACAGUGCGCCUCAAGUCUUUGGAGGACACCCGCCUGGUGUUUGAUGGCUUUCUUGCGCUGCGCAACUUGCAUGAGCUUCCGCACUUGGCCAUUAUGGCCUGGCUGUAUGCCGAGUAUGUCGUGGAUGACGCUCCACCUCCACAGGCCAGCAAGUCAAAGACUCGCCUUGGUAGCUUUCGGCGCAAGGGUCGUGCCGUUAGUCGCCACCUUCAGCACAGCGUCGUCGAUAAUUCCCAAGCAGCCACUUCAGCCGCUCCCGGAACACCCAAAACCCACGCCCCACCCCAUCCGGAGCAAAGCACAGUGCAACCGUUUUCAGAGGAACAGGCCCUGGCCAACAGCCUCAAAUCAAUUGUUGACGAAGCCGAACAAGUCGAGUUUCGGAAGCCCUUUGCCACUCCACAGCGUCCAGUGUCUGCGGCUAGUCAGUCCACGGGUCGUCGACCAGGCGACUCAAUCAAUCGCUCGAGUCGUGGACGUGCCCCACUCGAAUCUGUGCUUGAAACAUCCGCAGAGCAUCAUCUGGAAGAUGGUCGCCCCGUUCCUCGUUUGACACUUGACGAGGAGCGUGAUCCUUCACCCAUUCCCAUCUUGCAUGAACAUGAUCAUGAGGAGAACGAAGCCCUUGCUUCGCCCCCCUUUGCCUCGCGAGCCCGAGGCUCAGCAUUGCAGACUAAACCUCGUCUGCGCCAUCCUGACGAGAAUGUACCGGCACUGGAGGGUCGGGAUCUGGCUCUCAGCGCCUCGGUGGCUGAGUUGCGACCCGUGUUGCCUACCGGCCAACCUGUGGCACGGCCGCGCUUUGAAGCCGCUGCAGAUGACUUGCCCUUUCCCAAUCUUCCCCGUCGUGUUUUGGCAGAUUUGCAGGCGACGCCUUUACUAAAUCUUGUCGACGCAGCCACACUUGAGGACAUGCGCCGUCAGUUUGCAGACGGGCCGCUGCCCAUAUCCAAGGGUACACUGCAAGAAGGUCUCGAGUCACAAGAUCCCUUGUCUAUGGAAGACUUGCGGCUACACUUGGUAGCCUACCAGCACCAAGCGCCUCGACUUCCUCCCUCGGGCUUGCCUGGUGCCCCAGCACGAGCCUGGGAAGGCCCCCGCCAGAUUUACGUGACUUUUGCUUGGCCUGGCGCCCCGUUGCUUCAGUCACCGGCUCUUCUGAUUGAUGACAACCUAUCCACCCAUGCAGAUGACAGCCACAGUGCGUUUGGACGCUGCGGUGUCCUUCGGACGGGCCACGCUGUGCCCACCGAAGUCGGGUGGGCGUGUCGCCACCUGCUACGACCAAGCCUGCUUGACCUGGAUCGCGUCCAGUUGGCACGCUUUUUGGCCUCCGAAACCCUGGACAUUCUUGUUUUCGAUGCAGAUUCACAUGCCCUAGUCGGCCAAGGCUAUCUGCCACUUCGCUUUUUCCUACGUCAGGGCCGCCGCUGCACAGUGACACCGAUUGAACUCCAACUCUUAGCCGUGGGUCUCCCCCCACCUCUGGGCCCAACAGAUCGUGGUGGCCCUGCCGCGCUCCUCCCGCGAAAACUGCAAGGCACUUUGUUCCUGCGCAUCGCCUCGAUUGGUCGCGCACCGACUCCAGGCCGAGAUGCCACAAUCCUACAGCGAGACCACGGCUUUGCAGCCGCGGCUGCUCGGGCUUCGACCCAUGAGGGUUCGCGUCUGCCUUUGGCACCACGCUUGGUUGACAAUCACCCCAAUAUGCCAGCCGCGCUUGCCCUACUUUCUUCUGACCAGGAAGCCCAACGUAAGCGACUUCAAUUAGCCAAUGUUCUUCAGCGUCAUCGCUUGCCUGGCGCCCCAGCGCCAGCUGCCGGAGAGCACUUGGCUCCCACAUCAGCGGCCGGGCUGGCCAACAACCUCGCUGCGCUGGAAGCAGUACGGCAAGAGCACAAACAUGAGGCCAUUGAGCGCCUACUGCGCGACUCCAUUCGCUGUGAGGUCGAACUGACUGCUGUGUAUGGCUGCCUGGCUUACGUUGAAUUCGAGGUUUCGAAUCCUACGGCACAGCCACUCAAUGUGGAGUUGCGCAGCUCAGACGAGCAGCUCUUUCCCCUGGUGGAUUCGCGGCAGUGGCAGGCUUGCUUGCGUGCCUACGGAAGUCGUACUCCGCUGGAACGGGACCUCUUGCAGGUCAACAAUGGCAGGGUAUUGCUGUUUCUACACCCGCACGAGCGCGUCACAAUCCCAGUGGGCUUUCGGCUUCACCACCUUCAUCCAGCAGGACGCGCACAACCCCUGGCGACAACCCCUGCCGUAUUUGGUCCGGACGCGUACCGUGACCCCAUGGCCAUGGGCAUGCUUUCCACGGAUCAGCAACAGACAGCCAUUGAGUGGGAACCCAUUCGGGCUGAACUAAGUGCAUGCCGCCUUGAUAGCGGAGAUCCCGUGGCCGUGUGUGCCGUGCUUGCGCACCCUGCACGUCCAACCGCUGUGCAUAUCGAAUCGUUUGUGCAUGAGGAGAACAGCAUGUUCCGCAAGCAAUUUUCUUGGCCCUUGCCCGCAACCUUGGCCGGUGAGCGAGUUGAGCCUUGCUGCGUCGUAUCUGCAGACGAGGAAGCCUCGGUACACGUGCAACCCAGUCCAAUUGGGGACCACGUUGCGGUCUUUUACCGGCGUGCGGUGGGGCCGAACGCGUGCACCAUCAAUAGCUAUGUCUUUUUAUACGCAGAUGACGCCUGCGUACGCCCCAUCGCGACGCGUCUGAUUCAAUUACGGGCGGUCGAAACCUUUCACGCUGACAUCACGUGCGGCGAGCUGUCUCAAGCCACCUUGAUACUCCGUGCAAGCCGACCCUGUGCUUUGGCGUCAUGUCACUCUUCCCAACCCGCAGAUGUGUCCGUGGAGCCGGCAUCGCCCUUUGCCUUGGUAGCCAACGCCGUGACAGAACUAAAGGUGGCGCUGCAUCCAGUCGUAAUCACGGCCACUGAACGACAGGAACGAGUGCUACUUGCCCUACGAGACCACCACCAGGGAACCUUGCUACACAUGUUUCUUCUGCAGCUACGCAUCCGAGCACCAGUCGUGUCAAAAGCAUUUGCAGUAUCUUUCCUAGACGACAGGCCACUUCAGCGUCGAAUCACAUAUGACAACACAACCUCACACGCCAAAGACUUUCACUUGUACACCGACCGACCGGACCUUCUUCAGUUCAAAAACAAGGUGCGCGACAUUUGCUUGUAG